CAGUCCGAACGAAGUAAAGUAGAGGACCUGAAGGUCGGAGCACUCCAAACCGACGAUGUCAUCACUGUAGCAAAUCUUACUAGGGUAGCAUGUCAUCAAUCAUAUUGCAGUGUUGCUCAGUCCUCAAGGCACGGGGAGGUCAUUUCGGCAGACCACACCAAGCGAUUGUACGUCUCGUUCUCUGUUAAGCGCAGGGUGUCAGGAACACUGGUCCAGCCUCAGGCAUUCGUGCUGUUCAAACAUGCGAAUGGUUCCGAAGUCUUUUACAAAGCUGACGUGCAGACUGACGGAACAUACCUUGUUGAUAUAAAUCUUGCCAAAGCUCACGAAGAUUUCAAGGGGAUUUCUGGAAGCUAUACAGCGUACCUCAUCAUUGGGGAUGCAACCAUACGAACCCCGGUAAACUGGCCUUUCGCAGACUUUAUGCUCACUCUCCCAUCAGCACCUGUCGAAGUUGUACCAAAAUCUCAGCGAAUCAACUACGAUGUGUUGCCGGAAAUUAAGCAUGUCUUUCGCCAGCCUGAAAAGAGGCCACCCACUAUUGUUUCAGAUACCUUCACUCUGAUCUGUUCGGCUCCGCUGUUGCUUCUGCUAGUGCUGUGGUUCCGUAUUGGACUCAAUUUUGGCAAUAUGCCGCUUAGUCUGUGGACGCUGAUUUUCCAUGGAAGUCUUACUGCGCUGUUCGCCUUGUACUUCGUGUUCUGGCUUCAACUCAACAUGUUUGGGACAUUGAAGUAUUUAGCCGUGGUUGGUAGCCUAACAUACUUCGCCGGUAACCGCGUCCUGAGAGCAGUCGCCGAGAAGCGGAAGAGCAAAUCCGAGUGA